AAAAUAUAAACAAAAAGAAAGAAACGCACCCAAUCCGUUUCCCUCGUUGCCUCCCUCUCCCAGUUCCUUGCCUCAGUGUGCCGCAAAGCUCUUUUGCUUCUUCGUUGAAACUCGGAAUCUCGGAGAUGGGAGACAACAACAAGCCCAAGCCAGCUGGUGUAUGGCCUACUGUGAAGCCUUUCGUCAAUGGCGGAGCCUCCGGUAUGCUCGCUACUUGUGUUAUACAACCUAUUGAUAUGAUCAAGGUGAGGAUUCAACUGGGUCAAGGAUCGGCAGUACAGGUGACAUCUAACAUGCUUAAGAAUGAGGGUGUUGCUGCCUUUUAUAAGGGUCUAUCUGCUGGAUUACUCAGACAGGCUACAUAUACAACUGCUCGACUUGGAUCAUUCAGAAUGCUGACAAAAAAAGCACAAGAGGCUAAUGAAGGGAAGCCCUUGCCACUCUAUCAGAAGGCUCUUUGUGGGCUGACUGCUGGUGCUAUUGGAGCAUGUGUUGGUAGCCCGGCAGAUUUGGCACUCAUUCGUAUGCAGGCUGAUGCAACUUUACCAGUUGCUCAGCGCCGAAAUUACUCAAAUGCCUUCAAUGCUCUUUAUCGUAUUGUUGCUGACGAAGGGGUUUUGGCACUUUGGAAAGGUGCUGGCCCUACUGUCGUGAGAGCCAUGGCAUUGAACAUGGGAAUGCUUGCCUCCUAUGAUCAAAGUGUUGAGUUUUUCAGGGAUUCCAUGGGUCUAGGUGAAGCUGCUACUGUAGUAGGUGCAAGUACUGUUUCAGGAUUUUUUGCCUCAGCUUGCAGUUUGCCCUUUGACUAUGUGAAGACCCAGAUACAGAAAAUGCAACCUGAUGCUGAGGGAAAAUAUCCAUAUGCAGGUUCUCUAGAUUGUGCUGUCAAAACCCUGAAAUCAGGAGGACCUUUCAAAUUUUAUACCGGAUUCCCUGUUUAUUGUGUCAGAAUUGCUCCUCAUGUCAUGAUGACCUGGAUUUUCCUUAACCAGAUUCAAAAGUUGGAGAAAUCUGUUGGAUUGUAGUUCUCUUUUGGUCAUGACCGUCAUUUUUUGUUGGGUUUAGACUUCAGACAAAUUUUUGCAUGCAUUGGAGCAUGUAUGAAGUAAGAUCCUGAGGACUCAAGAAUUUCUCUAAGGUUUAAGGUUAAGCUUUAAAUAAUAGGUUGGGUGGGAGAUCCUUUUUGGCUACAUCUCAACCGCGAGGUUGAUCAUUUUAUGUUUGUUUUUUCCCCCUUUAAAGACUUCAUCAUUACGCAACUGAAGCUGGAAUUCAAAAUACCUGUUGUACCAGGUCUAAAAUCCAGUUUUUUAAGAACAAAAUUAGGAAAUUUAUUGAGACUGAAGCAGAUUGGCAUAAUCCCCUUUUAGAUUGUAGGACUGUAAUUGUAAUAUGGAGAAAUAUUGAACCAUUUCAAGUUCUAUAAUUUCAUCC